GGACGGGACUUCCGGUAGCGUAGGUUGGACGUUAAGUGACAGACUUCACCUCCUAAAACUUGGAAGAAAAAGCGAAGGACACCGCGUUACAAGUUUAAAAACAGUAAGGAAUCAACUUUGUAAUGAUUUUUAGACAUGGAAGACAUAAACCUUCAUUAUCGCUUUCUGAACUGGAGGAGGCGCAUCCGAGAAAUUCGUGAGGUGCGAGCUGUGCGAUACAAGGAGCGCCUCAAGAGGAUGCUCAGAGAUGGCGACAUUCUCAGGUAUCAUGGGAAUUCAGAUGAAGUUGGCUGUUAUGUGGCGGCCAGGCCAUUAUCAAGAAGAAAUCGCUACUUUGAAGUGACCAUCGUUGAUACGGGGGUGAGGGGGACGAUUGCGGUUGGUUUGGUGCCUCAGCUCUACAAACUGGACCAUCAGCCAGGCUGGCUUCCUCAUUCUGUGGCUUUUCAUGCUGAUGAUGGAAAGCUGUUUAAUGGAAACACUGUGGGACAGCAGUUUGGUUCCAAGUGUUGCAGAGGUGACAGAAUCGGCUGUGGAAUAUCCCUUGAAUCUGACGAUGGACAGCUGUCUGUGUUUUUUACCAAGAAUGGUAAAGAAGUGGGCAGCGUAGAAAUCCCAGGUUCUCCGGAAGCACUCUACCCCGCUGUGGGAAUGCACUCUUUGGGGGAGGAAGUUCUGCUGGAUCUGAAUGCUGAAUGGGGGAUGGAGGAGGAUGAUGGACAGAUGAUUGUGGACAGUCAUGAAGAGGACUGGAGCCGUCUCCAUGAUGUCAAGGUGACUGGGAUGCUGCUGGAGUACGUGGGCAAAGGGAAGAGCAUUGUGGACGUGGGCUUGGCUCAGGCCCGUCGGCCUCUCAACACACGUUUCCACUACUAUGAGCUGGAAAUCACAGAUGCUGGAGAGAAGUGUUACAUCGCCCUGGGUCUGGCACGCAGGGACUACCCAAAAAACAGACAUCCAGGUUGGAGCAGAGGGUCAAUAGCUUAUCACGCAGAUGAUGGAAAGCUGUUUCAGGGCAGCGGUGUCGGUGAUGCAUUUGGGCCACGCUGCUUUGAAGGCGACAUUAUGGGCUGCGGCAUCAUGUUUCCACGCGACUUUAACCCUGAUACUGGAGAUGACGUUGACGACUGGGACCUCGACGUCCUUCCGAAGCCCUGCGAGGUUCAGAAUGCCUUGUAUGCAAACAAUGAAGAUGAAGAUGAGGAUGAAGGAGAGGAUUUGGAGGGCAGGAAGGUCACAGUGUUCUUCACACGAAAUGGAAAGGUGGUGGGGCGGAGAGAAGUGCCCUUACCGGUUGGAGGAUUCUACCCCACUAUUGGCAUGAUGAGUGCUGGGGAGAAGGUCAAAGUGGACCUGCACCCCCUCAGUGGUUGAGCAGAGUGGAGGAAAUUAAAAAAAAUGGUGAAGUAAUGAAAUCAGAGCAAAGGACGACUUAUUGAGCUCAGGUACAUUUUGGAGAACAGACAAUAAAUAUUACCUCCAUAUUCGCAGGUUCUACGCUGUUAUUCAGAUAUCAUAUUCAGUGUAGAGGUUCACUGUGGCUCCCUCAAGCUGUAAGGAUUAUUUAACAUGCUGGUAGAUUUUACUUUAUUAAGAUUUAUCAAUAAUAAUGUUUGUUGAAGCUGCUGUCAGUGAAAUAAUUGUGUCAAAUGACACAUUUAGUAGUGCCUUAAUAGGGCUGUCACUUUUUUUUUUUCUCCAUUUAAUCUUCCAGUGGGUGUAGUUCAAACUAAAAACCAGGAAAACAAUUGUGACCGUAUGUUGUUUUGCUGUGAAAAUCGUGGACACAAGCUCAAGUAUUUCAGGGUCUACUCAUAGACUGCACAAAAUUGGACGUCGUCUCCUGGUUGCCAAACAAACUCCUGUUUUGAGCUGUGGUUUGUCUUUUUCCUCAAAAUCUCAUGUUCUAUUGAAGAAGAUCAGAAACUUGAGAUUGAGACCCCUCAGGAAAAUGUUUACUGACGUUAUAAAUCAAGUGAAAAGUAAGGUCUUAUUAUACAUAGACCUCCGUUCAAAUGGAGUCGCCCCCUGGUGGCUAAAUGCUACUACUUCCGUCCUACUUACUGUGCUUCACUUUUCAAAUCUGUGAACCUGCACGGGAAAACCCCCCCACUGGAUCACAGAUGGGCAGGGCAACAAGUGCUUAACCUUGCAUGACUAACAGCAAGAGAAAUAACAAACAAUAUAUUCACGUGUGUGUGUGUGUGCGUGCGGAUGGAUGGGUGGGCAGGGGGAAUAUCUCAAUAUCUUUGAAGGAGUAGUGUGUCACAUAAUUCAUGUUUGAACUUGAUCUUUGGAAAAAGUGACAGCCCUCUUCUCUCCUCUGACAGCUAUCACUGUACUAGAGUGUGUGGUCGGUGACGUGGUUUCUCUCCGUCUCCGGGGUCUGACAGUAAAAGUAGGAGAAGCCUUUCCAGUAUUCUACAACACGUAAGAACUGGACAAAGAGGAAGUCCUCUCUGCCCGUGAGUUAAUAAACGUCCACCAACAGGUUCAUGAGGUGAUGUAGGGAGGAGGGGUUAGUGUUAGAGAACCACAAGCCAAAAGACAAUAUCACUGACGGCAGCUUUAAAAUGACACAUGUGCCUUUAAAUCACUUUAUAAAGAUAUAGAUUUUUUUUUUAAUACUGUAAAACAAGAGUUUGAAGGGUAAAACACUAUCAUUGAGUAUUAACUGCACUCUGUAAAGUUUAAAAGAAAAAUGCCAAAAAGUGUCUUGCCAUCAUAUUUAAUUUAGAGAAACAAUCAGGAAGUGUGCCAGCUCGUUUGUCCAUAUGAUCAGCAAACAUGUAGCACCGCUCUCUCUCAGCCUGCAGCCAGCCAUACUGCGCUUUAGCCUGUGGAUGGUGUUUUACUGACACCCAGUGGUGAGAGUGAGAAGUGAAGAGAACACGCUCAGUUAUGAGUCUUCCAAAGAAAACAGUAGUCCACUGAAUUAACCGUAGGUUUACUCCACUGUUAAACCAGCUCAGUCACCUGUAUGAGUGUAGAUGCUUGUUCUGACAUGGAGAUAUUGCUGCAUGAAUAUAAUCCAGACCAUCUUUUUUUGACUCUCUUCUUAUUUUUUAAAGCAAAAUCACAAUUCAAAAUAGAUUUUUUUUUUUACGUUUAUAACUCGCUUUUUUCCCCAAUUGAGUAUGAUUUUAAUAUUUAUUUUACUGAUCUGUCAUAAAGAAAUAUAUGUUUGUUGAUUUGUGAAGAAAAACCAAAUCCAUGUCAGAAAACAAACAAACUGUAAUGAUUAAUGCUUCACAUGCUGUCUGAAUAUGAAUCCUGUUAAUGAUCUGAAAAACAAACAACACAAAAGACACUGUAAGUUCUUUACAUAAAAGGGAAAAUAACCAGUAUCACACUCUCAGGACAAGAACAGUUAAUGGCUACACAUUUUGGUCAGAAAUGUCUGAAUAUUUUAUUUAAGGUCUGAAUGUUGUAAAUGAACAUAUUUGAAAAUCAUAUUCACGUUGUCUUGUCUAACAUCUUUUUUUUGUUCUGUACAUCAGAUUCAGGCAUUGUUGUUGCUGACCUGUCAGGAUUUUGUUUCUGCAAACCUAGCUAUUGUUCUUUUUUGUCUUUUUAAUAUCAGUCCAUUUAAAACGUUUGAGUUCCCCCUUUUGUUUUGUGACACCAAUUUUUUUCACACAAUGCUGCUCUGGCAUCAGUGCAGGCCACACUUACAACUGGUUUCUAUGCUGAGCUACCCAUAUGUGUGUCUGUGUGUUUUGUUUUAUUUCCAAAAACAGUUCAUAUUUUGCACUUUAUUAAAUAAUGCACCAUUAGUAGGCUCCAGGUAGGUGAGGGAAGUGUUCAUGUCACAUGUCUGUACACUGCAGAUCACUGAAAAGAUUAAAAAUCUAAGAAAUAGAUCCAACAUGGAUAUGAAUAAGGUUGAAUUAUAUCCAUGAAAUGUCCCUGUGUAGCAAAACUGUUUUCAUUGUCCAGUUUUUGGUGAUCACACAUCAUCCAGUUGGUGUUAAUCAUAAAUCAAAUACAAAAUAAUUGGGAUCUUGAAUCAGCUCCUGGUCUUGCACAUAAAUGUCUUGUAUGUUUUUGUUUUUAUUGUUUCUUCUCCUUUUCAUUCUGCCUCUUUACUUUCGGAGCAAUCAGAAAGAAAGAAACACAAAAAACAUGCCAAAUAUAAUUAAAAGAAUAUUCACAUUUA